GGUGACGCAGUAGACCGUCGCGUAAAAUGAGUUGUAAAGGCACCUGAAUACAGUAUGGAAAAGGAAGUGUUCUGCAUUUAUAGAUGAAACAUCUCGUCUACACACGCGUUUGUAACAAGUUUAGACGCCAAACCUCCUGAAUGCGAGCAGACUCAAACAACUCAAGUCCUGAAAGCAGCGGUGGCGGGAUUUACCUCAGCUGGUUGGCUAGCAGGACCGCCUAACUAACCGGACCCUCGGUAAUUUAAAACAACAGAACUACCCAACCUGCAGCUUAUUAUUUGCAUAUCUAACCGAGUUGUAACGGGAAGUAAGUUUUACAAGUAAUGUUUCAAACCGUAGCCGUUUAACCGCUUUUAUCAAGUCGUGUUUUGCUCCAGGAGCUAAUCGCACGCGCUGUAUGAUAAUCUACGUUGACUGAUAACGUUAAAUGUCUCCAUGACAGCGCGUGUGUUGUAGUAUUGCGUUUACCAGCAGCAGCCGUCAACAACCGCAUCACACCUCAGCUUCUAGCAUGUUUACUCGAUGCUGAAGAGGAUGUUUAUACAGCACAACCUGCUGACAGACAAUAGGUAGCUCACAACUGGACGCUGCAUUAUGAAACGCGAUACAUCUGUGCUUGAGUAACCGCGACUGGAGGCUCGUAAAGUCUUCAUUAUGUGCGUUCGCUGUGUCAUCGUCCCGUCCAUCGACUGAUCUUGUGUGGCUUGCUGAAACGCUCGUGAUCUGGUCGGUUUUGCGCAAUGGCGGGUGUCGGGGUCAGUGUGCUGUCGCGGGGUCAGCCGCCGUCUGCAUCCUCCAACUCCUCGCCCACUGAGCUCCAGGCCCAGGGCUGCUCUAACGGGGUCUUCAUGGACUCCUUCGGCAUCUUCCUGCAGGGCCUGCUGGGAGUGGUGGCCUUCAACACCCUUAUGUUGAAACGCUUCAGGGAGCCCAAGCAUGAACGGAGACCCUGGAAAAUCUGGUUUCUGGACACCUCCAAACAGGCCAUAGGGAUGCUGUUCAUUCACUUUGCCAAUGUCUACCUGUCUGACCUCACAGAGGAGGACCCAUGUUCACUAUACCUGAUCAACUUCUUGUUGGAUGCGACGCUGGGCAUGCUAGUGAUCUAUGGCGGUGUGAAGGCCAUAAGCGCUGUGGUGGAAUGGAGACAGUGGGAUUCAUUGCGUUUCGGAGAGUACGGUGAGCCUGUUCAGUGCACUGCCUGGGCAGGUCAGUGUGCCCUGUAUAUCCUCAUCAUAAUGUUUGAGAAGGUCAUGAUCAUGCUGGUCCUCCUCAUCCCACAGUGGAAGAAGCUGGCUACACUCAACCCCAUAAAGGACCCUCAGCUAGAGCUAACUAUCGUCAUGCUAAUCGUCCCGUUUUUCGUAAACGCUCUGAUGUUUUGGGUGGUAGAUAACUUCCUAAUGAAGAAGGGGAGAACAAAAGCCAAACUGGAGGAGAGAGAAGCAGAAGACGAUCCUCGCGGAAACAGCAAAGUGCGCUACAGACGGGCGCUGUCACAUGACGACUCUGAAUCAGAAAUCCUGUUCUCUGCAGAUGAUGAAAUGGAGGAUUCAGAUGGUGACGACGAUGUACGAAGAAUCACAGGGCUCAAGUCUGUUAAGAAAAAGAAACACCGUCUUGGUAUUCCAGUAUGAAUGCAUUAGCCUCUCUCAUUCCCAUGAGCACAGAAAGUGAGGCACAUGCUGACUGACUAUAUUAUGACCUGAGAGUUGUGGUGUAAAUGUCUCGGGCUCCAGUAAACAUUCACUUAAAGGACUUCUGCAAGCCUUUGAGCAUUUCUGACCAGCCUACUGGAGAUGAUUGGACAAGCUUUUUUUUUGCACAUUCUUAAUUGUGUAUUGCGCUGCUUUAUGCAUAACAUCACAUGAUUCUGCAGUGGAUAUACAACUCUGCUACAUAAUCUCUGCAUCUGUCCAGCCUUUAAACCGAGUAACCUUUAUGAAUAUCGCACUGUUCUAGCAAGAGAAGUACCUCUAAACAUGCAUGCGAAUGAUCACUGACUCCUCAAGGUCAUUUGCGGUCGCUGUCUGUGAGCUGAGCUGCAGCAGGGUUUUGUGCAUGUCAGCUGUGAGGAAAAUGUGCUGAUAAAUGUAAGGAAUAACAUUUGUCAGCAGUGUUUUGAGCUGGUGUAUUAAUACAAUUGGUACGGUCUAGCUUGCAGUGUCUAUUUUUAACCGUUGAGUAGUACACCAGGUACAGAAAUACAGCGAUGGCUGUUUCAGCCCCCUCUAUAUGUGACUGUUGUUUUCCUCAGUUCAGUGUGUUGCUGGUUCUCGCCACAGAUAUUUGUUUCUCUUAUUUAUUUAGGGUUUUUUAAUUGUAUGUGGCGCCUCUUACAGGAAACAUUCACCCAAAUUAAAACAUCAAUAAAUAGUUUCCUUUACCCAAUAUGUUUUUAAUUUUGGGGUGAACUACCAUUCAGUUUUUUUCUACUCAAUGUGGUGCAGGAAGCUUUGUUGCACAGUUUUGUUUUGCAUUGUGGUGUCUUUGUAUGCGGUAUUACCUUUCGUGUGUUUUUAAGCAUUCCCCUUUGCCUCUUCUAUUUACCUGUCAAACACUAAACCAGCAAGCCUUUCUUUGUCGUCCACCCGCUCAUAUUCCACUGUGGAACAUUUGAUUUUUAUCCCUACACUAAAGCACAGCUGCUUGUAGAAUGAUGCAUUUGCCAUGUGCAUUCUCUGCAGAAAUCAGAUUUUUGGUAAUCGUUCUUCUGAAGAGGGAGGUCAUGUGAAGGGGAAGAUGCCUGGGGUUUAGAGUGAAUGAACUUGGGUAUACAGGACCAGUUGUUAUUGCUCAUUCAGUCUGACAUUUAAUGGACCAAGUUGAUGGGAGAUGUGUGUUUGCACAGUAUGUGUUUGUUUUACAGGGGUGAACUGAAACUAAGCACUCUGGAUGAAUGUUUACUGAUAAGACAUUUUCUCAAGGUGUAACUGUAACUGCCUUUCUCCCUCUCCUAGUUUGAUUCAGACUAUUAUUACAGGCAGCAGAGAAUGAAACCAUUUGGAGGUGGAGAGGGAUUUUAUGUAAAGCAUAUUAGAGUAUUAAACGAUACUGACUAAUUAUGAGCUUCUAUAUGUUUUUUUUUUAUUCAAUAAACCACGUUAAAAACA